AGAUUAUGAGUACACUUUUUUAUUUUGGAUAGUUUAUAACUGUAACAAUGCUGUCCAGAAGGCAUCAGUCCAACACCCGACUGGAGCAGAUCUGUAACCUUGAAAUUGAUGCUCCUGUUGCCAAGGCCAGAUUGACCAGUAUCAUCGGAACAAUAGGUCUAGCAUGUGAUUCUGUGGAAGUUCUUCGAAAAAUGAUGAUGACGGGCAUGACAAUUUGCCGAUUGAAUCUUGCGUAUAGGACUCAUGAUUAUUUCAAAGGAGUUGUGAAACGGAUUCGUGAGGCCCAGGCAUCAUUGGAUAUCCCUUUACAAGUGGGUAUUGGGAUUGACAUAACAGGCACUGGAAUUAGAGUAGGAGCUCUAGCUAAGGAAGUGGGACUCGGUCAAGAACUGAAAAUGAAAACUGGUGAUAUGAUGAGAUUUUCCAUUGAUGAGAAGUACAAAGAAAAUGGAAAUGAGAACAUCAUGUAUUUUGAGGCAGCUGAGGUUUUCUCCCAGAUUUCAACUGGCAGUAAUGUGAUCAUUGAGGAUGGGCCCCUAGCAUUCACCAUCAAAGAAAAAGGAGAAGAUUAUGUGGAUUGUGAAGUGGUGGAGCCAGGUGAACUAGGAAGUCACAUGAUGUGGACAAUUCCUAAUAUGGCAAUGAGGGAGGCGGAGCUAUCCGACAAGGACAAGGCAGAUCUGCAAUUUGCUCUUGAUAAUGAUCUGGACAUGGUUUUUGCCUCUUGGAUUUGUAGUCCUGAAAUGGUAGAAGAAGUCAGAAAAUUUUUGGGAGAGAAGGGCAAAACAAUGAAGAUCUUGGCCAAAAUCGAGACUAAAACAGCGGUGAAGAGAGUUGAUGAGAUUUUGGAGGUAGCAGAUGGCCUUUACAUUGCCAGAGGAAAUCUUGGCAUCAAUAUUUCACCAGAAAAAGUCUUCCUGGCCCAGAAAAUGAUUAUUGGAAAGUGUAACAAGGCAGGAAAGCCAGUUAUUUGUGCUACACAGAUGUUGGGUAGUAUGAUGAUGAAUCCACGUCCUACACGAGCAGAAGUUGCUGAUGUUGCUAAUGCCAUUUUGGAUGGAGCAGAUUGUGUCAUGUUGUCGAGGGAAACAGCCAGGGGAAAGCACCCACUGAAGAGCAUGCAGACAAUGAGUGCAGUGUGUACUCAGGCAGAGGCAGCUAUUUUUAAUGAGGAAUUGUUUUUCGAUCUGAAACAAAGAUUAGGGAAAACUGGAAACACUCACACAACCGCCAUUGCUGCAGUAGAGGCCGCACACAAAUGUCACGCAAAAGCCAUUAUGGUGGUGACUGUCACAGGAAGGUCACCUGCUUUGGUAUCUAAAUACAGACCUAACUGUGUGAUUGUAGCUAUAACCAGAUCCCAAAAAACUGCCAACAACCUGCAGCUACAUAGAGGGGUUUUCCCAGUGUUAUUUGAAGAUGAUAGAGAUGAAGUGUGGGUAGACGAUGUGGAUGCCAGGUUAAAUUACGGAAUAAUGCUGUCCCGUCAGCUGGGAUACAUUAGAGGGGGAGACAUCGUCAUCCUGGUGACCGGAUGGACCUCGGGGGCAGGGUCCACCAACACGCUCCGCAUCGUAACCUGUCCCACAGUGUCACUUCCUGUGCCAUAUGCUAGAAUAGAAGUGGAUACUGCGACGGACGACAAAGUGCGUUUUGAGUAGGAUCUAACGCACUGGUAAUUUUUGCCAGAGAUUGAAAGAACUUUUGAAAUCCCUAAAUUGAAAAUGUUGAAGACUUACAAUUGUGUUUGUCAAUACUUUAAUAGGAGUGAAAACUGUCUAAUCCUUAAAACUUUAUUUUGUGUAACCUUUAGAAGUGGAUUGCAUUGUCAAUGAACCAUCUUGGAGAGAGUCAGAUUUGAUUUUCUAAUUUUUCUUCUGUUUUGUUUUGCUUUCUUUUAUUUUAUUUUUUUUUUUUUGAAACAUACACCUGUACAUGUACAUUUGUUGUGUUGAGAUGCUGGGUUUCUUUCCUCUUAUAGCUUAAAGCUCUUUGUUAAGUAUGUGCCAUAUUGUUAAAAUUCAUGUAUGUAUAUGUACAUGUACUUUUAAUGUUAUUAUUUACCGGUAAAAAAAUAUAGUGUACAAUGUUAUUGAUCUGACAUUCAAACUGUGUCAUAAGUCAUGCAUUUUUUUUUUCUUAAUUUGCUGGUGAAUUUUUUUAGGUCAGGUUUAGUCAUCGGAAUUUUUUCAGGUCAACUUUAGUCAUGUGAAAGUAGUACAUGUUGUACAAUGCUGUAAAAAGAACAUCAUAUACGUGUACAGUGUAGAUUUUUGAAAAUAACCUAUGCUUUGAAUAUUUAAUUAAUUUGUGUAGUUCUUCAGUACUCAACUUGUAAGCUGUUAUACAGUUUCAAGAGGAUGUACAUGUACCAACAUUAAAGCUAUUGGUAUUCAUCUCUUCAGUUGAAACAGAUAUUAUUUAACUUAAUAUAAUACUGCUAGAAACUAGGUAAUGUUUUCAACUUUUACCUAUCUUUAUUGCAAAUUGUAUAAUAUUAAGACAAAGAAAUGCAAAAAAAAAAAAAAAAAAAUGAUCAAAUUGUGUCAUUUUUCUAAAAUUACCAACUGCAGAAAUUAUCAGUUAUGAAUAAAAAUUAUCAUAACAUAUGAUAAUACUUCAGACAAUACAAGAUACUAAGGUAAGGAAAUGGUGGAUUUACAAACUCACACAGUGCUGCCAGUAUUCAUGAGAAAAAAGUGACUUAUCUACACAAACUUUUCAUUGACAAACCAUUUCAUAGUCAACCAAUGUACCCGGUUCAAAACUUUUGAGGACAAAGUUAUUUUUUAACUGCAGGAAAACACUAAUUUUAGAAGUGGACUACGCAAUAUUGUAUGCAGAAUAAUGCAAUACAAAAUACAAUUGAAAUGUUUUUGUUCAAAAGAUCCCACUUGGUGUAGCACUAUACAUAAUUUCAAAAUAAAACAACAUACCUAUGUACUAUUUUUUUUAAUUUAUAGUAAUUUUAUUACUGUUGCAUCUGUUUUACAUGUAAUUUUAAUUAAAAUUUGAUAUUAAGUUUUUAAUUCCUGUAAAAAAAUGUACAUUUAUGCAGCAGGAAUAUGUGGCAGCCUAAGAAAUACCAAAGUUUUCUUGAUAUUCCUUUGUUUAAGUUAUAUAAUGCCUGAAAGGAUGAUUGUAAGAUUUUAGGGGGAAAAAAGAGUACAAGACAUGACAUUAUAUAUAAUUUGUGUUAAUUUACUGUAUAAUGAUGUAUUGUGUGUCAUAUAGAUGGAUGUGAUGCAUGUAUACUUAUGGUUAAAGUCGGGAAUACUGUAUCUACUAGUAUUUGUUUUUAGCUCCAAGGAAAAUAGGGAGAGGAGUUGUCAAGCUGCUUCAUUAAGUUUAACUCACUUGCAUUUAAAGAUAUUUUUAUGCCUUGAUAAUACCAAAAACAAGGUGCUCAAAAGAAGCUGGAAGGCCAAAUGCAAUUGCCCCAGCUUAAAAGUCUCUAUUUGAUAUGAUACAUGAGAACUGUCACUGUGUGUUGAAUAAACAUAGAUUACCAAUAUA